UGCGGGUGAACUAUCAAUAUUCAAUAGCACUGUAUUAAUUUCCAGGCUUUGAAAAAGAAAGAAAAGAAACUGGUUUUCAUCCUCGCGCACUUGUCUGCGCGUGUGCGCAUCAUCAUCGUCGGCUUCCAUGCAUCGACAACGACGGAGAGACGAUGGUGAUCAAAAUGGAGCUUAUAAAAGAAAUCGAGGCAACGAUGGGUACAAGGAUUCAAAUGCCUCUACUUUUGGCGGAGGAGGAGGAGGAGGAGGAGGCGGAGGCGGAGGUGGAGGUGGAGGGGGUGGGAGAGACGGUAUGGGAUCAAGGCAAGAGAAGGAGGUUAAGCAGUAUCGGCUAGAGCAGGAGUGCGAGCUAAGGUGUGAAGUGCCCUGGGACGGCACAGUAAGCGUCCGUCUGAUUUCAGGAACGGCUGAGAUCUUCGGCGCAGAACUGGCCCAAUCGCAGAUGCUCACCUUUCGCGGCGGCGAGAAGUUUGCUGUCUUUACUUGGCAUGGUGCAAUGAUUGAAGUAGAGGGUGUGCCAGAGGUCGUUUAUGUCGCCGAUGAGACUCCGAUGUUGAGUUAUGUGAACACCCAUGCUGUAUUGGAGGAACGGCGCCUGGAGGCACAGCGAGCCUCCACUUCCUCAGCAUCAUCAGGAAAUGCCACCACGGGGAAGCCCUCGGGGAACAGCCAGACGAUUCCUGGUACCAGUCCAUCGAACCGGCCUAAGAAUGGACCGAGGGCCAUUGUUGUUGGCCCUACGGACUCAGGGAAGAGCAGCUUGUGCAGACUACUUUUGAAUUAUGCAACACGCAAGGGUUGGAAGCCCCUCUAUGUGGACCUUGACAUCGGCCAAGGCUCUAUCACCAUGCCGGGGACGGUGUCAGCCAUCCCAGUUUACAUGCCAAUCGAUCCGCUUGAGGGUAUACCACUAGAAGUUCCACUCGUCUACUAUUUUGGCCAUUCAACUCCAAGUGUGAACGCGGAUCUCUAUCGGCAGUUAGUGAAGCAGUUGUCAACGCUCCUGGAUAAGCUGUUUUCUGUGAAUGCAGAGGCCAGGGCAUCUGGGAUGGUCAUCAAUACCAUGGGCUGGGUCGAAGGCUUGGGUUAUGAGCUUUUACUCCAUGCAAUAGACACACUGAGUGUGGAUGUCGUCCUUGUUAUAGGGCAGGAGCGACUUUACAGCCAGCUUAGUAAUGCGCUAAGGGAUGCUGAACACAUUGAUGUUGUGAAGCUAAACAAGUCUGGAGGUGUUGUAACAAGGAACAUGAAAUGCCGCCAACGGUGUCGGAUCAGUCGAAUCCAGGAGUAUUUCUAUGGGCUACAUGGUGAGCUAAAGCCUCAGGCACAUGUUGCCAACUUCAGUGACGUUCAGGUCUACCGAAUAGGAGGAGGGCCGAGGGCACCAGCAUCUGCAUUGCCGAUUGGAGCUACGCCCACUGCAGAUACGACGCGGGUAGUGGUUGUGACCAUAUCGAAAGAACUUCUCCACAAUGUUCUGGGCGUCUCGUAUGCGAAAGGAGAGGACGAGCUCUUGACAAGCAAUAUCGCUGGCUUCAUCUACGUCACGGACGUGAAUCUUCAAAGGAGGCAAAUUGAAUACGUGGCCCCGUAUCCGGGCCCUUUGCCAAGCAGUAUACUAAUUGCAGGGUCUAUUGCAUGGGUAGAGUGAUUUUCGGCCGACGGGAAAAGAUCGAUCUCUUUCUGUGGAUGUAAGUUUUGCACAAUCGGAUGCCCUGUCGAUCAAAAGGCCGAUCAAUCGUUUGAUUGAUUUGUUUUCAGUUUUCCUUUUUGUGGCUCGAAAAGAAUCUUUUGUCGGGAAGAUCUGAAAGCCCUGCCUACCAACUGUUCAGUUUUCAACCACUCCUUCCAAAUCGCCUGCACAUCUGCUCGCUGCCCCUUCUUUCGACGAAGUCGAGGGUCUUAACCUUGUAAGCAGAGUCAAUGAUAUGCCCGUCUCUUUUUUUUUUUUUUUCCUGGUAGUUUUUUUCUCAAUUAAGCAGGAUAAUGAGGAGGAAUGCCAGCAGCGCUGGGAAAGAGCAGAUGCGUCGCUCUGUAUCUUUUUUUUUUGUAAAGUAGCAGAUGUUCUUUUAUGAUCGGAUAGAUUGGCACACACCCAUCCCAUGAGACAUGAGUUCUGGGUGACCUAUCUGGGCUGCUGCUCUCUACUUAGGUCCCCUUGGCCUUAUGUCCUGGCAAGUCUGUUGGCCCAUGCAGCUUCUCUGCUGGUCCUAUGCUUGUCUAGGCGUGCUUUUCUCUCUCUGACUUGUUUCUUCUCUUUCAGUCCAUAGAAUGGCGAUGAUCACAGUGAGCUCGUUGCUAGUAACUCGGCAAUGAAGUGCGAUAACCACA